AUUCAGUCCAGUUGCGGUCUUGGCUCAACUUCGAUCUCAACACGAUAGACGAGGUUCCUAGACUCAAAAUGGCUAGUCACGCAGUUUCAUUCACUUCAGUGCCAGCAAAGCUGGUAGAACUACUGACUCCCGAUCUGCCCUAUUCCCUGCCUUUGCUGAGGCGGCUACAGUCUACAAAGUUCAACCAUGGAACCUCUCCUCAUGCGCGCAUUGUCUUUGUCUCCGAUACCGAAUUGUCUUCGGAAGAGCAAUUUGACCAGUAUCAGUCCAAGGCAUAUACCGCGGCUUAUUUGGACUUUUCUAAGCCGGAAACUCAGAUGUACAUCUACUCAACCAUAGAACACCCGCGCAACAGAGACGACGCCAGUAACAGCCACUUAUAUGAGCCGCAAUUGGCGGAAUUAGUGAAAGAAGUCAUCCGGUUGCGCAAUGAAUACAAGCAAGAGCUGCUCUUUACGGACCCGGACCGCAUCCUGAUAGGGUCCCUGCACUCGGCCGUCCGUUCCAUCCUGGAGAAAUUCAAAGGCCGUGUUCAGCCUCGACCAACAGGCCUGUAUGAUAAAUGGCUCAUCAAGAGAGAAGAGCUGCCUCUCUUGGACGAAAAUCUCCCUCCCGGCAUGUAUUGGGAUAGCGCCAACCUGGAUGACUGCCAGUUGGUUGUGUCCCGGACUGACAUCCCCCGUACCGCUCAGACGCUUGUUAACCUGCCGAAUCUGAUGAUUAAACGACAAGAUAAGACGCCAAUCGCGUGGGCACUGCUAGGAACUGAUGGAUCCCUAAUCAGUGUGCAUGUGGAAGAGCCUUAUAGGCGACAAGGCCUGGCAAAGAAGCUAGCCGUGAAGCUGUUGCGAGAAAAGGCCACACGCUUUGGAGACGAUGGCUGGCUCUGCGCCGAUGUCAGUCCCUCAAACGUGAGCUCCCGGGCGAUGUGCAAGUCCCUCAAUGGAAAGCCGGACUGGGUGACUUCUUGGAUCUGUCUAAUCCUGUCCGAGACCGGGGAGGCCGCAAAGCCCUAGCAGGCAAGUUGAACGGAAAAUUAAUUUGCGACACGAUGAGCGAGGUAAGCGAAGAAAAUCACUGCAUCUGUAGGGAUUCAUGGGGUUUGCCCAUACGACGAGUACGUGUAUUCGCCCGGCUUAUAGACCUUCCUUGGGAGAUAGACAGAUAGAGCAAGGAUUGCAUGUGAUGGCGUUUUUUUUGUACUCCAUCUUGAUUUCUCCUUUUAUUUUAGCUUGAUUUGUUAUGUGAUUGUUCGAGGUGCUGGGGGUGCUCCGAUGCAUACUAGGUAGUCGGCAUUCAACACUUACUGUAUAUCGGCAAUUUUCGAAUA